UUUGAAAAAGCGGCGCGGCUGAUUCAAGAUGGCGGAGCUGGAGCAGCUGCUGGACGAGAGCUCAUCAGCUAAAGCUCUCGUGAGUCUGAAAGAGGGAAGUUUGUCAAAUACCUGGAAUGAGAAACACAAUUUACCAAAGUCUCAAAACUCCAAGGGAAGAAAUAGUUUUUCGUCAAUGGAAACGCCAACAAGAAGCUCUAAGAGGAGCCGUCUGUUCUGUGAGGAGGAUGACAGGGAACUCAAUUCCAGGUCUCCCAGAAGAAGCCAGAGAGUGACGACAGUACCUCAGAAAUUUGCAAAUGUCUCAACACCAGAUAAGAAAGUUUCACAAAAGAUUGGGCUGAGAUUACGAAACCUCCUCAAACUGCCCAAAGCUCACAAGUGGUGCAUUUAUGAAUGGUUUUAUUCAAAUAUUGACAGGCCUUUAUUUGAAGGAGACAAUGACUUCUGUCUUUGUCUGAAGGAAUCUUUCCCGAACUUAAAAACCAGGAAGUUAACCCGGGUUGAAUGGGCAACGAUCAGAAGGCUGAUGGGAAAGCCCAGACGGUGUUCAUCAGCCUUCUUCGCAGAGGAGCGAUCAGCGCUGAAGCAGAAGAGGCAGAAGAUGCGGUUGCUGCAGCAGAGGAAGUUCACAGAUGUGUCACACUGCAAAGACCUGCCGGAGGAGAUCCCGCUCCCUUUAGUCAUAGGAACCAAAGUGACUGCUCGUCUGAGGGGAGUCCAUGAUGGCUUAUUCACAGGACAGAUCGAUGCAGUGGACACAAGUGCGGCCACCUACAGAGUAACCUUCGACAGAAACGGCUUGGGAACACACACUGUUCCUGACUAUGAAGUUCUUAGCAACGAACCCCACGAAACGAUGCCCAUCUCCGCGUUUGCCCAGAAGCAGAGGCCCUCUCGGUUCCAAGCCCUCAUGACCCCCCCUCGUGUGCCUUACCCCCCGUCAGCCCAACCUCCCAUGAUGGGCAGCGAUCCUUUGCUGGGUCAGUCACCGUGGAAGAAUAAGCUGUCAGGCACAGAGGGUGAUACGCUGGGUGGCUUCCCUGUCAAAUUCCUUGUACAAGUUACAAGAUUAUCGAAAAUUCUCAUGAUUAAGAAAGAACACAUUAAGCAGCUGAAGGAAAUGAACACUGAAGCUGAAAAACUGAAAUCCUACUCGAUGCCCAUAGGGUUUGAGUUUCAGAAGAGGUAUGCCACCAUCGUGUUGGACCUGGAGCAGCUGAAUAAGGACCUGAACAAGGUCUUGCAUGAGGUGCAGCAGUACUGCUAUGAGCUGGCUCCCGAGCAGGGCAUGCAGCCGGCCGACCAGCCCACAGACCUGCGGCGCCGCUGUGAGGAGGAGGCCCAGGAGAUGGUGAGGCAGGCCAACACCCUCCCCAGCGGCCAGCGCUGCGUGCACAGCGAGAGCCUGACCGACCUCAUCUCCGGCCUCACCGCCCUGCUGCUGCAGAUCAAGUGUUUGGCAGAAGGAAGUGACUUGAAUUCAUUUGAAUUUAAAUCAUUAACGGACUCUUUAAAUGACAUCAAGAAUUCAAUAGACAGUUCAAACCUCAGCUGUUUUCAGAACAAUGUGGAGAUCCACGUGGCCCACAUUCAGAGUGGCUUGAGUCAGAUGGGAAACCUUCAUGCCUUCGCUGCCAACAACACCAACAGAGUCUGAGGUUUUAGAGCCCCUUCAGUAUUGUACAGUACAAGUCGAAAAAUAUGUUUAUUGUAUAUAUUUUCUAUCAAAACCAGUAUUUAAAUAUAUGUCCAUCAAAAAACAGAUGAAGUAUCAGUCUCAUACACACCUCUGGUUUACUAAUUUGGCAGAUUUUGGGGUCCCCAUGCUGUUUUAAUGGCACGUCCAGCACUGAAUCCUCUGUCCAUUUUUGGGAAUAUUUAUUUACUGCCCCUUUUUUCAUGUACAUUUCAUAUUCCCAGAGAAAUAUCCUAUGUUUAUU